AUGGCUGGGAAGAAAGUGCCCGUUGGCGGUGCGUAUAUGCCCGGGCGAUCCAGUGGGAAAAGUAUCAGUUCGUUCGCGAACAGGGCGGCGGCGACGGCAGCGUCGGCGGAGAAUAAGAGACCCAGGCGGUUUAGUCUCAUAUACAGCUCGGAUUCGUCGUUGAGUGAUAUUGACGCGGACGAGAAGAAGGGCAAGAGCAUGUCGAAUAACUCCAAGGGUAAGAAGAGUAAACUUAUAGCGGAGGGUAACGAAGAUGGCACGGAAUCCUCCGAUUACGGUAUAGCUGACUCCAGCAAUUCAGAGGAUGAUGACGACGAUGAGGAUGACGAUUCCGAGGAGACAAGCUCGGACGAUGAUAAUAUUGAUUUUGUGAAACUGACUGCGCAGAGAAAGAAAAGGGUGAUGAAGGCUCUCAAUGCAAUCAAGAGAGGUAAAAAACCGGCUACGAAACAUAGCCCUGCUGAUCGUACGACGACACAAUCCGCAGACACGGUAACUCCUCCAGUGCAGGGGCAGAGUUCUACUGGACCCCGUCUACCUUCUGUGCAACCACCACAGCAGGAAGAGGAUAUUGGCGAAGAGGUAACAAAUGCCGCUGGGAAGGAUACUCCAACAAACGAAUUGACGUCGCUCAACAGUAAUGUUGAUCAAUUGCACGUCCCGAAAUUCCCUGACUCAGAGGAAUCCGAUUACGAUAUCGACCAGGAGACAUAUUUCAAUAUCAUCAAUGAUAACGACGACACAGCAGGCGAGAUAGAUACAGGAGGGGAGACGAAUGAGGACGAACUCCCGAUCUUGCAGCAGGAGGAACAAAAUAUUGUGCAGGAGUUGCAGAACGACGAUUCGUUGUCCUUCGACGGUAGCAUACACGAGGAGGGGGCCGACCCUGUCGAUUUGGAAAACCAACUGCUCAACAUAACGGGGAACAACAACGACGACGAUUACGAUGAGGACGACGAGGAUGACGAUAUGAUGUCCGAUUUCGACCUCCCCUUCUACGAAGACCCCAAAUUCUCAAACUUGCAUUACAAUUACACAGACGAAAAUAACAACAACGGAGAACACAAACUGAGUCUGAGCACAUCGCUGCCGUUGAUCUUGAACGAAAAGAAACAGUCUCGCACACAAAAACUGGAGGCAAAGAGGAGAGAGUUAAAGGAGAGACUCAAAUCCAGAAAAUUAUUGAAGGAAAAAGUGAAGAGUAGCACGAAUAAGACGGACGGCAUUGAUGGCGAUGAAUACAUGUUUGGUGUCUUCUUUCAAAGCGACAUGGAGAGCCCUAGUGACAGUAAGUACGAGGACGGAAGCGACAAGAGGCCCACGCUCAGGAAACAAAACAAUACCACGGGCUCGCUUCGAAACCUCAACGGAUCCGCGUUGAUCGACACAUCGGAUGAAGAAUACGACAACAUCCUGAUGGAUAUUGCUCAUAUGCCAUCGGAUGAAAGCGACGAGGAACACAGUACCGGUAAAAAAAUUAAAUUAGAGGACGAACUGGGCGCAUCCGAUAUAGAUAUCGACGACGACGACAGCAGUGUCACAAACGUCUUUAUUGAUAUCGAUGACCUAGAUCCAGACUCGUUCUACUUCCAGUACGAUGACAUUUCUUCAUCAAGUGCCUACGAAAAUGGAAGCUCUGCUGACGAAUACAAAGAUGAAAUGAGAGAUACUGUCGUGUUUGCCGCGGACGAGUCGACGGACGAAGAUGAUAACCUACCACCACCAGACUCUAGAAACAACAACAUUGGAACAAAGGCGAAGGAAAUCGUAAGUGCCAAUGUUGUGGGUUUGAAACCACCGAAAUUGGGGACCUGGGAAACGGACAACAAACCAUUCAGUAUUAUAGACGGUCUGUCUACAAAAUCAUUGCAUUCAUUGAUUCAAGAGCACCAACAGUUACAUGACCAAACGCAGAGAGGCCAAACCACGCCAAAUUCACAAGAUUCUAAUUCUAUUGGCAACGGCGAGGAAAUGUCUUUGAACGAGCUACUGAAUAUGAGCGAGCUAGAUGAUGAUGAGGGCGAAAACUCUACUCCGUACCAAUCAGCAUUGAUAGCAGACUGGUACAACAAGCCCAAAGUUCCACUUUCUGCAUUCAGAAAUAAAGGUGUAAGCUACGCUGAUGAUAGCGAAUACAUUUUACCAUCGAUCUCAACGCGGAAGGUCCCCAUAGGUUACGUUGGUGUUGAAAAAACCAGGCGGAAGAUCUCCAAGAUGAAGGAGAUGCAGAGGCAGAGGAACGAGCAGAAGAGGAAGUUGAAGAAAAAGAGGAAACUGCUAAAACUGAAAAGGGAAAGGGCACGUAUGGAAAAGGAAAAGGCGUUGCUAGGCGAGGUAUCCCAGAACGAUGCUCAUUUGCUCAACAGUAACUCCGAACUGGCCGCAAUCUCCGUUCCCGGAAGCAGCAACGAAAAUACAGAAGGGUCGGUCCCAUCCAAUGGGGUCGACGAUGCAGCUGCUACGGCUACCACUGCGAAAAGAGACUCUGUCCAGGGUGUUGGUAUCGCGGAGAUCACUGAACUGUUGAAUAAAGACCACAGCGGUCUCUUGACCAGCCACGCUGACACUUUAAGUUUUGGUGACGGGCUCAUGGUCCCUGCAGAUGAAGAUGCCAUUAUAGAUGACGCCGAUGCGGACAUCUUAGCCUCGCUCACUGCGCCUGUCGACUUCGACGAUCUCAACUCCAAGUCUUCAACAUUGUGGAAACAACGGAGACAUUCCAUAGUGGAAGCUGCAAGUGAGAACAUGAGAUUUACCAAGAACGGCCUCUUCAGCGAAUCAGCACUUGCCGACAUCGAGGGGAUUAUUGGUGCGUCCGGUUCUACUUCAGGUACUUUCGAAUUCAACGAAGUCCUGCAAUGA